AUGUCUAAAAGAAGGAUUGAAGUGAUGGAUCCGGAGGAAAAAGCAGCAGCAGCAGCUAAGGCUGGUGGCAGCGAGGCCUCGGAGUCAUCAACUACAGGAACGACCCCCGGGACGACCUCCAACACACCCGCUAGCACGCCGGGACUGAACCCUUACACAGGUCUCCCUCACUCACCUCGCUACCACGAGUUACUCCGGCGUCGUCUCGGUCUGCCGGUGUGGGAAUACAAGAACGACUUCAUGAGACUGUUGAACACACACCAGUGUGUGGUGUUAGUUGGGGAGACGGGCUCCGGGAAGACUACCCAGAUACCGCAGUGGUGCGUGGAGUUCGCCGCGGUGACGGGCGGACAGGCGCACGGGGUCGCCUGCACGCAGCCGAGGAGGGUGGCCGCUAUGUCUGUGGCGCAGAGAGUGGCUGAGGAGAUGGACGUGGCGCUGGGGCAGCAGGUCGGGUACAGCAUACGGUUCGAAGACUGCUCCGGCCCGCAGACUGUACUCAAAUAUAUGACGGACGGUAUGCUGCUCAGAGAGGGCAUGUCCGACCCUAUGUUGGAGCAGUAUAGGGUUAUAUUACUGGACGAGGCGCACGAGAGGACGCUCGCUACAGACAUACUGAUGGGCGUGUUGAAGGAGGUCAUCAAACAGAGGUCCGACCUCAAGCUGGUCAUCAUGUCGGCCACGCUGGACGCCGGCAAGUUUCAACUGUACUUCGACAACGCGCCCUUGAUGAACGUGCCCGGAAGAACACACCCUGUAGAGAUCUUCUACACGCCGCAACCUGAAAGAGAUUAUUUGGAGGCGGCGAUACGGACCGUCAUACAGAUACACAUAUGUGAGGAGGUGGCCGGGGACAUACUGUUGUUCCUGACCGGCCAGGAGGAGAUCGAGGACGCCUGCAAGAGGAUCAAGAGGGAGAUAGACAACCUGGGACCCGACGUGGGCGAGCUCAAGUGUAUCCCGCUGUACUCCACCCUCCCGCCCAACUUACAGCAGAGGAUCUUCGAGCCCGCGCCUCCCAACAGACCGAACGGAAGGAUCGGCCGGAAGGUGGUGGUGAGCACCAACAUAGCGGAGACCUCGCUCACCAUAGACGGGGUAGUGUUCGUCAUAGACACGGGCUUCUCCAAGCAGAAGGUGUACAACCCGCGGGUGAGGGUGGAGUCGCUGCUCGUGUCUCCCAUCAGCAAGGCCUCGGCGCAGCAGCGGGCGGGCCGCGCGGGACGGACCCGGCCGGGGAAGUGCUUCAGACUGUACACGGAGAAGGCCUACAAGGACGAGAUGCAGGACAACACGUACCCCGAGAUACUGAGAUCAAACUUAGGAUCUGUAGUUUUGCAGUUGAAAAAGCUGGGCAUCGAUGACUUGGUGCACUUUGACUUCAUGGACCCGCCGGCACCGGAGACGCUCAUGCGCGCGCUCGAGCUGCUCAACUACCUGGCGGCGCUCGAUGACGACGGCAACCUGACGGACCUGGGCGCCGUGAUGGCCGAGUUCCCGCUCGACCCGCAGCUCGCCAAGAUGUUGAUAGCCAGCUGUAACCACAACUGCUCCAACGAGAUACUCUCCAUCACCGCUAUGCUGUCAGUUCCACAAUGCUUCGUCCGUCCCAAUGAAGUAAGGAAGGCAGCGGACGAGGCCAAGAUGAGGUUCGCUCACAUCGACGGUGACCACCUCACACUACUGAACGUGUACCACGCGUUCAAACAGAAUAUGGAUGACCCCCACUGGUGUUACGACAACUUCAUCAACUACAGGUCACUCAAGUCUGGUGAUAACGUAAGACAACAACUCAGCAGGAUCAUGGACAGGUUCAACUUGAAGCGAACGAGCACAGAGUUCACAAGCAAAGACUACUACAUUAAUAUAAGGAAAGCUCUCGUCAACGGGUUCUUUAUGCAGGUGGCUCACUUAGAGCGAACAGGUCACUACCUGACGGUGAAGGACAACCAACAAGUACAGCUGCAUCCCUCCACGUGUCUGGACCACAAGCCUGACUGGGUCAUAUACAACGAGUUUGUGCUCACCACCAAGAACUACAUACGGACCGUCACCGAUAUAAAACCGGAGUGGUUGCUCCGUAUCGCGCCCCAGUAUUACGAGCUGUCCAACUUCCCUCCGUGCGAGGCGCGGAGACAGCUGGAGCUGCUGCAGGCGAGGCUCGACUCCAAGCUGUACCAGGAGGGGUUCUAG